CCAUCUCAAAAGCCCAAUUAAUAUUUGGCUCUGAUAAUACAGUCAGUAUAUAAAGGCUGAUAAAUUUUGUCCUGUCUGACAGCUUUUUUAAAAAAUGAAAACUUUAUUUGUGGUAGCUUUUAUAGCUACCUGGUUUGUUGACCCUGUCCACCACUUCAAACUCAGCAGGGAAUAUGAAGUCUACAGUGAUCAUGAGUCAGUAUUCCUCAGGAAUGAAAAACAAGAGGAAGAAUAUAGAAUAAAAUACACCUGGGAUAGUAUACCCGUAAUGCAUGUACCGGUGACAAUAACAUUUAAACCUGGUGAUCAGGGUUUGGUCAUGGAAGUGGACUCCUUAUUCUUUGAUGAUCCUCCAGCUCCACCUGGUGAACCUGGAAAGCCCUUUGAUGGCCUUUGGGAUUAUGAAGUUGUUGAAUCCUUCUUUUUGAAUAGUGCAACAAGAAACUACUUGGAAGUAGAACUCUGUCCGCAUGGCCAACAUCUUGUAUUACGUCUCUCCAGAGGAGAUUGUAUUGAAAAAGAGCUCCCAUUGUCAUUUAAAGCAGAUAUAAACGGGGGCACUUGGAAUGGCACAGCAAUUAUUCCUUGGAGCUAUUUUCCCCCUGGUGUAGACAAGAUGAAUUCAUAUGCAAUUCAUGGAUCUGGGAUUGGAAGAACAUAUGAAGCACUUUAUCCAAUACCACCAAAAGAGAUUGAAGAAGGCCAGGGUCCUAACUUCCACCGUCUAGAAUAUUUCAAAGAUUUCAGUCUAAACAACAUAAUGGGAAAUGACUGGACUCAACCACCAUCAGAUCUGUGGUCAUAACUUCAGAAGCUCCUGAAGUCAAGUCAGUCAACUAUAAGUCACCUGCAAAUUUUUAGAUAUGAAAGAUGGCAUCUUUAAUUGGUUGUAUAUUGUGGUCUUAAUUGGACUGUCAAGUAAAAUAAACAAACCGAUUACUUCUUUCA